UUGACAGCUGUCAUUUCUGCACAUGCACGGGAAGCGGAAUGCGUUCCGUUUGACGUCACCGAAAAUUUCGGAGCAUUUGAUCGACCAAUUAGAGUGAAGGAAACCUUUGCCCCUUUUUGUUUCGAUUGGUCAUUUUCAAAUGGAACGAUUGCAUUAUGCAACUAACGCCAUUGAUUUUAUUUCUAAAUUUACAGCGUGUGCCAGCCAUGAAAAGAUCCCGACAAAGUUUGCUUCUAUUUAUAUACAUACAUAUAUAUAUGUAUAUAUAAUUUGUAUAUAUAAUUAUUACCACUUCUCUUUGUAAGAGAUUUUAUGUACACAUUUUUUUGUAAAACAAUUAUAUUUUAGAAGGAGAGAAAAGGUUAUUGCAGAGAAAUCUUAAAAGUGGAAAAUUAAAGAGUAGAUUAAUAGUCAAGAAAUUUGGUCUAUAAAUAUAUGCACAAGUCGAUUUUCAUCAUUUUCAUUGAAUAACACAGCAAAUUAAUUAUCUUAAUAAGUAAACGAAAUAUUUCUACACAUUAAUUGUGAACAAUGUGUGAAAGCGAUGAGGAACAACCACAAUUAAGUUCGAGCACGCUUGCUGUACUACAAGAAUUUCUCAAGGAAAAAUACGAACAACAAAAUAAUUUGCUGGAACAUUUAGUUAACAAUAAGGAAGAGCAGAUACCAGAUAUUUUGUUUGAUGAGAAUUGGCAAUUGAGCCAAUUUUGGUACGAUGAUAAAACAAUACAGGCUUUAGUUAGAGGUGCAUUAAAUUCUACACCAGCAAAUGGAAAAAUUGCUUUAAUUUCUUGUCCAACAAUUUACAGUAAACUGAAGAAAGAAUGCGGUAAAAGGCAAGUUGUGCUGUUUGAGUAUGAUAAACGUUUCAAGACAUUUGGCACAGAUUUUAUACAGUAUGAUUACAAAUUGCCUCUAAACGUGCCUAAAAAUAUGUCUAGUCAGUUUGAUUUAGUCAUAGCAGAUCCACCGUUUCUUUCAGUCGAAUGUCUAACUAAAACUGCAGUAACAAUAAAGUUUUUAACAAAGAAAAACAUUGUGCUUUGUACAGGAGCUGUGAUGACAGAAUUGGUGGAAAAACUGUUAGACAUAAAAAAAUGUGACUUUAUUCCAGGUCACAGAAACAAUUUGGCGAAUGAAUUUUGCUGCUUCUCAAAUUUCGAUUUUGAUAAAACUUUGGAAUAAGCGUAAAAUACACAGUAUUAAGUGGAAUAAUUAACAAUAUUAUAUUUUGAGAACAGUACCAAAGAAA